AUGCCGACCAACGACCACGUCAAGAAGGCUUUUAGCCUCAUUGAGAAUGACAAGUCCAAGGUGCUGGGCCUCAAGGCCGGUGACCAGGCUAUCCAGCCAGGCCAGUAUCUUGCGCGUUCAGCUGCUCAAUCUCCCCCAAACCUGUCGUUUGACGGAGCGGAUCCCUCCAAGACGUACCUCGUCGUGAGUCUCGACAUCGAUGCACCUUUCCCAUCUUUCGGUGCUCUGGGACCUAUCCUGCAUUGGAUCCAGCCCGGCGUCAAGGUCACCGAUUCUUCGUCCCUUGACACGCGCCAGCCCUUUGUGGCGAACUACAUCGGUCCAGCUCCACCUCCUGGCAGCUCCCCUCAUCGAUACAUCUUCUUCCUUUACGAGGAGCCUGAGGGAUUCGACUUCAAGAAGCACGCACCCCGAAAUGGCAAAAAGCUGGGUAAUAUGUCUCGCAUGCGCUACGACCUAGAUUCCUGGGCCGAGCAGGUUGGGCUGGGUCCCGUUGUUGCUUUCAACUAUUUCAAAAGCAAUUGA